AUGUUCGAACAUAAAGAUGGAUAGUUUAAAUCCAAAGAAAUGUCAUUCCAAUAUGAAUUACUUCCUCAUAUAAAUAUACAACAAUAAACGUGUUGGGCAGUUUCGAUCAAUUCUGAUGAUAAAUUGUUACUCACAGGAGCUGAAUCCAAUAUUAAUAUCAUGUAGUUCAAAGGUGGAGCAAUAAAAAAGAUUUAAACUAUUUAAAAACAUAAAUCCUGGAUAACUACUCUCAAUUUCUUUAAGUAAAUGCCUUUAUUUAUAUCUGGAUCGUCAAGUGUUAAAAUAUGGUCAUAAAAUAUAUUAUCAAAUCCUAAAUUUCUUUUAAAAUUAUGGGACCAUUCCUAAAAUAUAUAGUGUUUAGCACUUCGUAAUAGUAAUCCUUCAGUCAUAAUUACCGGUUCAAAAGACUGCAACAUAAAGUUUUGGUGCUAAAAAGAAAAUUAAUGGUUUUGUUAAUAAACAAUUCGAGAGCACUCCAAUAUUGUUACUGGAUUAUCUUUAAAUCAAGAAGGAAACUCUUUAAUUUCUUGUGGAGAUGAUAAUCAAAUCUUGAUAAUAAAAAGUAUAGAUGAUCAGAGAUGGAAUGUAGUUUAAAAAAUACAGGCUCAUGGAGUCAGAUUAUCUUUCAUUUCUAAAGAGACCUUUGCUUUUUAACCAUGGUAGUCAGAUAAACUAGAACUUUAUACUUAUGAACCGUAAGUAGGUUAUUAUAAGAAAAAUAAGGAACUUGCAAUUUCUGGAUGUAAAUAGUUCUGCACACAUUUAUUCCCAUGCAGCUUUAUAACUUCAAAGCAAAUCUUACUCUCAAAAAAUGGAUACAAUUUAAAUUUAAUCAAAUUAAAUACUUCCUCUUCAAUUCUUCAUGGCAAAUUAGAGUAAGCAAUUGAAUUCAAUUAUCCUAAUAAUUGGCUGGGGACAAUAUUUGGUACUAUGAGUGAAAAUGGAGACUUUCUAAUUACAUGGGACAGCCAAUCGAAGCAAAUACAAAUAAGAAAAUACAAGGAAAUUUAUAAAUAAAGGAGAAAAUAAAAUUCUUCAGUUUGCACAAUAUUUUGA